AUAACAACCAUCAACACAUGUCUGUACUGACGUAUCUAAUGUUGUAUUUGUGUGUACAUUACAUUAUCUGCAUCAAUCUGUCGCGUUCCGACAAUCUCCGGCUCAUUGUCCUCCCCCAACUUGUCAUAUUUCUCAACCUCCACAACAAUUAACAAAACCCAUCAUUACCAUACUCAAACCCAAAAGAUCAUACGACUACUUGUUCUGUAAUAAAACUCCAUAGUUCCACUUUAAGUAGACAUCAUCAGUUUUUUGAGGCUUUAUAAUGAUGGGUUGGACCCCAACAGUUCUCAAAAUUCUUGUGUUCUGCUGUUUCUUUGUGUUGAGAUUUUCAGAGUCCAAGAUGUUGCAAGAAGAAAUUGACGCUCUUCAAGAAAUCGCCUCUACUAUGGGGGCAACAUAUUGGAAGUUCAAUGGUGAUUUAUGCCAAAUUGAAAUAGUUGGGACAACUCCUACGAAGCCUGAGGGAUCUGAAAGUAGCGUUGAUUGUGAGUGUGACUUUGACAACAGCACAACAUGUCAUGUCGUAAGGAUAGUCCUCAAGCGUUAUAAUCUUCCUGGUGUUCUUCCCCCUCAACUAGUAAAGCUCCAUUACCUCCGUGAAGUUGAUUUUGCUUACAAUUACCUAAGUGGUACGAUACCGCCUGAGUGGGGUUCAACACAGUUGACUUUAAUUUCUCUCCUUGUAAACCGUUUGUCAGGCAAAAUUCCAAAGGAAUUGGGAAAUAUUACAACUCUCAAAUAUCUGACUCUUGAAGCAAACGAAUUUUCAGGUACUUUACCUGCGGAGUUUCAGAAUCUGCAGAACUUGGAAACUUUGAUGCUGUCAUCAAAUCAAUUUUCAGGGAGGUUGCCAGCGACUCUUGCUGGCCUGAAAAAUCUUACUGAUUUUAGAAUCAAUGACAACAAUUUUAGUGGUCCAAUACCUGAAUUUAUACAGAGCUGGAACCUUCUUACCAGACUAGAAAUGUGUGGAAGUGGACUGGAGGGACCUAUACCGUCAAACAUAUCGGUUCUGGAGAAAUUAAUUGACUUGAGGAUUACCGACAUUAAAAGCCCAAUUCAGCAAUUUCCUGACCUGAGUAGAAUUACAGGAAUAAUACGAUUGGUCCUGAGAAGCUGCAAUCUUUCUGGAGAAUUCCCUCCAUAUAUUUGGCAAAUGCAAUUGGUUGAAGUGGUGGAUGCAAGCUUUAACAGAUUAGUGGGGGAAAUUCCAAAUGACAUCAGUGGUAAAAGUCUGAGAAUGGUGUUUUUAGCCGGGAAUAUGCUAAGUGGAAAUAUCCCAGAAUCAAUCUUAAAAGAUGGUUUUAGCGUUGAUCUCUCCUACAACAAUUUUACAUGGCAAGGCCCGGGACAACCGACUUGUCGUUCAAACAUGAAUUAUUACAUCAACUUGUUUAAAAGCUCUUCUACUGGAAAUCCAUUGAGGGGAAUUCUUCCAUGCACAGAAGAUCUCACCUGUCCUAGAUAUGGGUGUUCGCUACAUGUCAAUAGUGGCGGAAAUGACCUACAGAUUAAAGAAAAUUCUGAAAAAGUUUUGUAUGAAGGAGAUGCGGAAGCUGAAGGCGGUUCAGCAAGAUAUUAUAGAUCUAAUAAUUUCUGGGGAUUUAGUAGUACUGGGGAUUACAUGGAUGACAAUAAUUAUCAAAAUACACGUUAUAUCAAAUCAUUGCCCUCAGCAAACAACAGUCCAGACUUGUAUACUGCUGCACGCCUUUCACCUCUUUCACUCACUUAUUUCCGAUAUUGCUUGCAAAACGGGAGUUACGCGGUGUCUCUGCAUUUUUCAGAAAUACAAUUUACAAAUGACAAUAGUUAUAGUAAUCUUGGGAAGCGGAUAUUUAAUAUUUAUAUCCAGGGAGAAUUAGUCGAAAAGGAUUUUAACAUUGAAGAAGAGGCGGGUGAAGCUCAACGGCCUGUGAUUAAACAAUAUAAUGCUAGUGUGACUAAUAAUAUCAUUGAAAUCCGAUUUUAUUGGGCCGGCAAAGGGACUACACGAGUUCCUAGCAGAGGGGUGUAUGGUCCCUUAAUAUCGGCUAUUUCAGUGAACCCAAAUUUUGGAUCUUGCAAAACUGGAGGAAAGAAGAACAGCAAUGUCUAUCUUAUUGUUGGAGUUGCAGUCUUCUGCGUAAUUGCUUUGUCCAUCACCAUCCUUUGGUGGAAAGGAUGUUUCAAAGGCAAAAAAAGUCGAGGGAAAGACUUUGAGGCAGUAGAGUUGCAGACAGUUUGUUUUUCCUUAAAGCAUAUAAAAGCAGCUACUAAUAACUUUGAUGCCAUUAACAAGAUUGGAGAAGGUGGUUUUGGUUCAGUUUAUAAGGGUACAUUAUCUGAUGGUAAAGUAAUUGCAGUGAAGCAGUUAUCCUCCCAAUCGAGGCAAGGGAAUCGUGAAUUCUUGAAUGAGGUUGCAAUGAUUUCCUGUGUACAACACCCAAAUCUUGUAAAGCUCUAUGGAUGUUGUAUUGAAGGAGAUCAAUUGUUGCUGGUGUAUGAGUUUAUGGAAAAUAAUAGCCUUGCCAAUUCUUUGUUCAGUUCAGAAAAGAACCAGUUAAUGCUGGACUGGCCAACAAGGUUCAAGAUAUGUAUUGGGAUUGCCAGAGGCUUGGCUUUUCUUCAUGAAGAAUCAAGACUUAAAAUUGUGCACAGAGAUAUUAAAGCUACUAAUGUUCUUCUUGAUGGGGAUUUAAAUCCUAAAAUUUCCGAUUUUGGGCUGGCUAAACUUAAUGAUAAAGACAAGUCACACAUAAGCACUCGAAUUGCUGGAACAAUAGGAUACAUGGCUCCAGAGUACGCGUUGUGGGGCUACUUAAGUGACAAGGCUGAUGUUUACAGCUUCGGAGUAGUAGCACUGGAAAUUGUCAGCGGAAAGAACAACAACAAUUAUAUGCCGAGUGAAGAUUACAUUUGUCUUUUAGACUGGGCUUGCCAUCUGCAAGCAAGUAAGAAGUUUGAGGAGCUUGUUGACAAAAUCCUGGGAUCUAAAGUUGACAAAGAAGAAGCAGAAAGAAUGGUGAAAGUUGCUCUUCUGUGCACAAAUGCAACUCCAUCAAUCAGGCCGAUCAUGUCAGAGGUAGUUAGCAUGCUUGAGGGACAACUUCCCAUUCCAGAUACGAUCCCAGAAACAAAUACAAAUUCCGAUGAUUUAAGAUUUAAAGCUUUAAGAGACUUCCAUCAAGGUACACAAUCUCAGAGUUUUUUCACCAGAAGCCAAACCGCAAAACAGACAACCUUCCAUACACAAUCAUCGGUGCAGCGUUCUUCAUCUACAUCUAUGGAGGAGACACUAGAAAUCCAACAGGACACAAGAACUUAGUUAGUAGUACAGGGACUAUAUUUUAGUUUGCAUAUAUAGCUAGUGCGCCCAUAUUUUUGUCCCUGGGGCCUGGAUCAAUAUUAUUUUUUGAAAGAUCCAGUACCUAGAACAUAGUAGACUGUGGAACUUGCACAUAUUGAUUAUUGUUGUAUUUAGAAUGUCAACUUAUAUAAGUUGAUUUAAAUCUCAAAAUUUUUAAAAAUGACA